AUGCUGCGCCAUUCCCCCCGGCCGGCAUUUCCCCAGGUGCUCGCAGGCGCCAGCCUGGAGGUGCCGCGCGGCUCCUUCCACAUGCUGCUGGGAGCCAACGGCUGCGGCAAGUCGACGCUGUUGCGGGUGAUGGCGGGGCUGUUCCAUCCUGAUGCAGGCAGCAUUCGAGUGGAUGCGCCCUGCGGCUUUGUGUUUCAGAACCCGGACCACCAGGUAGUGAUGCCCUCGGUUGGGGCAGACGUGGCGUUUGGCCUGGGCAGGUACAGCCUGAACCCUGCAGCGGUACAGGCGGUAGUGCGCGACUCGCUGGCUCGCGUGGGGCUGCAAGCAUUUGCGGAGCGCCCCACCAGCAGCCUGAGCGGCGGGCAGAAGCAGCGGGUGGCGAUUGCUGGCGCGCUGGCAGAGUGUCCCAGGGUGCUGCUACUGGAUGAGCUGACCACCUUUCUCGACUUUGAAGACCAGGAAAACGUGCUGCAGUGCGUGCGCAGGAUCGCGGGCGGCGUCACGGCGCUGUGGGUGACGCAUCGGCUGGAGGAGCUUCAGUAUGCAGACAGCGUCAGGUGA